GCUUUCCAGAGCACCUGAAAAUAAAUUCAUUCAUAAAGUUCAGCGGAGGAUUCAACUCUACUGUCAAACAUGACUGAGGGCACGUAAGCACCUGCGGAGGAGGGGGGGGCCGUACAGGACGGAGCCAGCCACUGACCUGAGCCGCUGGAGGCUGAGUAGUGUGGAGGGCCGGCAGACAUGGCGCUAUGUUGAAGACCAGGACCCCCCCGACAGAGAGCAGACCAUGCUGGAGGCACACUCUCUAGGCCUCGACACGAGUCAGUUUGUGUCCGAGUCCCCGGCUGCCCACACGGCUGUAAAGGCCGCUCUGAAAGGAAUGCACUUCUACAGCCAGCUGCAGGCAGAGGACGGUCACUGGGCGGGGGACUACGGCGGACCCCUUUUCCUGCUGCCAGGUCUCCUGAUCACCUGCCAUAUUGCCAAGAUCCCUCUGCCCUCUGCCUGGCAGAAAGAGAUGGUGAGGUACCUGCGCUCUGUGCAGCUAGCAGACGGAGGCUGGGGUCUACACAUUGAAGAUAAGUCCACUGUGUUUGGCACAGCGCUGAGCUACAUCUCACUAAGGAUUCUGGGAGUAGAGCCUGAUGAUCCAGACAUGAUUCGAGCCAGGAACAACCUGCACAGCAAAGGUGGGGCUGUGGGGAUUCCCUCAUGGGGUAAAUUCUGGUUGGCCAUUUUAAAUGUGUACAGUUGGGAAGGAAUGAACACACUGCUGCCAGAGAUGUGGCUGUUCCCCUCUUGGAUGCCUGCCCACCCCUCCACCCUGUGGUGUCAUUGCCGCCAGGUGUACCUCCCCAUGAGCUACUGCUACGCUGUGAGGCUGUCUGCAGAGGAGGACCCGCUGGUCCUCAGCCUCCGACAGGAGCUUUAUGUCCAGGACUAUGCCACCAUCAACUGGCCCGCUCAGAGGAACAAUGUCGCAUCAUGUGACAUGUACACCCCUCACAGCACGCUGCUCGACGUCGCCUACAUGGUGCUGAAUGUGUAUGAAGCCCAUCACAGCACCAUGGUGAGAGAAAAGGCUGUCAAAGAACUGUAUGAACACAUCGAGGCCGACGACCGUUUCACCAAGUGUGUCAGCAUUGGACCGAUCUCCAAGACCAUCAACAUGCUGGUUCGCUGGUAUGUGGACGGGCCCUCCUCUCCGGUCUUUCAGGAGCAUGUGUCUAGGAUCCCAGACUACCUAUGGUUGGGAUUAGAUGGAAUGAAAAUGCAGGGGACCAAUGGAUCUCAACUCUGGGAUACUUGUUUUGCUGUACAGGCUUUCCUUGAGGCAGGAGCCCAGAAUAACUCCACGUUAGCAGGGUGCCUCCGAGAUGCCCAUCAGUUUCUCACCAUCACACAGAUACCUGAAAAUCCUCCCGAGUAUCAGAAGUACUACAGACAGAUAAACAAGGGAGGUUUCCCCUUCAGUACCCGGGACUGUGGCUGGAUUGUGGCUGACUGCACAGCGGAGGGUUUGAAGUCAGUGAUGCUGCUGCAGGAGCUCUGCCCCUCCAUCAGCCAGCCGCUCCCCUCAGAGCGCCUGUGUGAUGCUGUCAAUGUGGUGAGUCUGCAGUCCAUCAAUCACUCAUUCAUUCCUUAAGUCUUAUUGGUAGUG